CUUGAAUAAAUCGCUGUGUUGGCGCGUAAACACAGAUGUGAGGCAUGGAUCAGAGUGGUCUCAACCUCGUUAAGGUUCAUGGAAGUGGUGGAUAUGACUCCGAUUUCAGUGAUGAUGAGGAGGGUGGCAGAUCAUUGCAACGUGGAGGGAAGAGGAUUCAUGAGGAUGAGCUACUGCAGAAGCCAUUCCAACGAGGGAAGCACACAGCGGUUACACACAAAAGUGUGGCUGCUAACGAAUGGGACAGAGAGGAGGCCAAGAACCGGCGGCACCAUCUCUUAUCAAUGAAUGCUUUUGAUAGACAUGAGAAGUUUGUCAGUGACUACAUAUUGUACUAUGGAGGAAAACGUGAGGACUUCAAAAGAUCCACAGCUAAAGAUAAGACUGAUCUGGAUGUGGUGAGGGAAAACCACCGCUUUCUCUGGAGAAAUGAAGAUGAGGAGCAUAUGACAUGGGAGAAAGAGCUUGCAAAGAAGUAUUAUGAUAAGCUGUUUAAGGAGUAUUGUAUUGCUGACCUUAGCAGAUACAAAGAGAAUAAGUUUGGGUUCAGAUGGCGUAUUGAAAAUGAAGUAAUAUCUGGAAAGGGCCAGUUUCUAUGUGGAAACAAGCGCUGUGAAAGGCAGGAAGGUCUGAAGAGCUGGGAGGUGAACUUUGCUUAUGUGGAGCAUGGUGAGAAGAGGAACGCCCUGGUGAAACUGCGACUCUGUCUAGAAUGUUCCUACAAAUUGAAUUAUCAUCACAAGAGAAAGGAGGUCAAGACUAAGAAAAAAUGCAGGUUAGGAGAAAGCAGUGCGUCCCAGGCUCACAAGCCCAAGCAUCGGCUCAAACGGAAACACAAAGAGACACAUGAACACAAAAAGAGACAGAAAGAGCACUCUUCUUCAAGUUCAGAGAAUUCCCUGGAGCAGGACAAAGAAUCUGAACGUGAAGAGGAAGCAAAUGGUCCCUCAGAGUCUGAGCACUGGAAGGGCCCAGCUCCUGCUACAGAAGACAAAUCCAGGGAGGAGGAGUUCGAAGAGUAUUUUGAGGACAUGUUCCUCUGAACAAAAUACGGUGCACCAUCAAAAAGCUGUUUUGGAAACAGCUACAAUGCUUCUGUAUCAAAUUUUAUUAUCUGUCUAAGAUUGGGGUAAAUAAAAUGCUCACAAUUCUGUUCCCCAUUUAGCUUUCUCCUGUUUUACAUGUUUAGCUCCGAAUUCAGUUCUACAUGUUUAGCUUUGAAUCGACUUGUCUUCGGUAGCAGCAGCUUUUAAGUCAGGCUGAAUUUUUUGCAUGGGAGAGGCCCACAGAUAACAGCCAUGAGCUUCAGUUGCAUAUGCGCACUUCAGUUGCAUAUGCGCACCCACUCUUACUCCUUCUGUAAUGACCUACCAAAACUGUGCAAAGCCAAGCCAGUCAAUGGGAGAGUCCGCCUUUAACCAGCAUGUCUAAGCAUUUUACAGACUUAUCUUGCCUGUAUGAUUUGUACUUGCAGACUACCUUUUCCAUGUUGCUAUAGCAAGCAGGAUAAAAAAUCUUUUCACCCUUGUGCUGGCUUGCGUAUUAAAAAGUGGCUAUAGGACAAGGACGCUCCUCCCAGUUUGACUGAAACUAGAUGCCACUCAGCUGCCAGCCUGUGUAACUGAGCUUCUUUACCACAGGCUGAUCCAGCUUUAUUAGCUAAUCCCUCACAUGGUGGAGAAGCUAGAGAAACCUUCCAGUGCUUAAAAGUCUUGCCUGGUCUGUCCUCUGAGCAACACGACAUAAAUAGAACAAGUAUAGCAAGACAACAGGAAUCAGCUUGGUAAAUGUGUUUGAAUCAUCAUGACAUGUGAAAUCUGCAUUGAUUUGUUUACAUGAUGAAUUUAUUUGUUUACAUUGCUAUUUACAACAUAUACUCAGCAAGAUUAGUUAAAUAAAGGGACAUUGGAUGUAAAUUCUUCAUUCUUUUACAAGGAUCAUACACUACUAGUAUGAUUGCAACCAAAUGUGUGAAAAUUAAACAUUUGAUAUGAUUAACUCUUUUGAGCCCUUGUGUCUCCUGAAGGCCUUCACUGUGCAGUUAAGCAGAAAUGGCCUGUUACUGGACUGGUCUAUUUCCAUGUAGCCAUUCAUCAAUGCUAUAUGUGCAUUGCAGGGUUUUGUGGCAUUGUGGGGGGCAGUGAAAUUGUUUUGUUUCCUGAAUUACAAUGCAAGCGUUUACAUAUUAAAAUACAAGAACAUUUUAUAGCCCUUUAUGGUCCUUUCUGUAAAUUCAGUGCUAAAUAAGUACUUUUAACAGCCCGUUUCUCUUUUUUAAUUUGUUAGAUUUUUUUGUGUGCUGAUUUAUUUCACCAUAGAUUGUUACUUUCAAAAGUCAUAUCUGGUUACUUAAAAAUGCUCUUUCACAAAUUUACAUUCUAUGUAAUAUAAACCACACUUCUUGAUUUAUAUGACAUAUUUAAAAACUAAAACUUUGUUCCACACUUGUCAUUAAACAGUCAAAGUGGA